AAAACACAACAAGCUCUGGAGGAGCUGCGAGUGGCGCGGCAGGGCGGGCGGACUGGCGGUGGCACAGAGCCUCGGGAGGCUGAUGCAACUUUCCCUUUAAGAAAACCACCUGGGCACACCGCGGUGUGGACCCAGCACGCCUGGGCCGGGGGCUGCAGCAUGCUUUCUGGUGACUUCCUGGGCCUGUGGGUGAGAGGUAACCCUUGACAGGUGGCUGUGGGUGUGGCAGAAUGGCACAGAACGACUAGAGUGGAGUCUGCUCCCAGGAAGCUCUUGAGGUCUGUGGUCUGAAAGGUGCAAGAAGCAAAGCCUGUGAGUGUUGCCUGGGACCCCAGAGCCCUCAACCCACUGCCACCAUGGUAGGAAAAGGUGCCAAAGGGAUGCUGAAUGGUGCUGUGCCCAGCGAGGCCACCAAGAAGGACCAGAAUCUCAAACGGGGCAACUGGGGCAACCAGAUCGAGUUUGUACUGACGAGCGUGGGCUAUGCUGUGGGCCUGGGCAAUGUCUGGCGCUUUCCAUACCUCUGCUAUCGCAACGGGGGAGGCGCCUUCAUGUUCCCCUACUUCAUCAUGCUGGUUUUCUGUGGGAUCCCUCUCUUCUUCAUGGAGCUCUCCUUCGGCCAGUUUGCCAGCCAGGGCUGCCUGGGGGUCUGGAGGAUCAGCCCUAUGUUCAAAGGCGUGGGCUAUGGCAUGAUGGUGGUGUCCACCUACAUCGGCAUCUACUACAACGUGGUCAUCUGCAUCGCCUUCUACUACUUCUUCUCGUCCAUGACACACGUGCUGCCCUGGGCCUACUGCAAUAACCACUGGAACACUCUCGACUGUGCCGGCGUGCUGGAUGCCACCAACCUCACCAACGGCUCCCGGCCCGCCGCUCUGCCCAGCAACCUCUCCCACGUGCUCAACCACACCCUCCAGAGGACCAGCCCCAGUGAGGAGUACUGGAGGCUGUACGUGCUGAAGCUGUCAGACGACAUCGGGAACUUUGGGGAGGUGCGACUGCCUCUCCUCGGCUGCCUCGGCGUCUCUUGGGUGGUCGUCUUCCUCUGCCUGAUCCGCGGGGUCAAGUCUUCAGGGAAAGUGGUGUACUUCACGGCCACCUUCCCCUAUGUGGUGCUGACCAUCCUGUUUGUCCGUGGCGUGACCCUGGAAGGAGCCUUCACGGGCAUCAUGUACUACCUGACCCCACAGUGGGACAAGAUCCUGGAGGCCAAGGUGUGGGGAGACGCUGCCUCCCAGAUCUUCUACUCACUGGGCUGUGCCUGGGGGGGGCUCAUCACCAUGGCAUCCUACAACAAGUUCCACAACAACUGCUACCGGGACAGCGUCAUCAUCAGCAUCACCAACUGUGCCACCAGCGUCUACGCCGGCUUCGUCAUCUUCUCCAUCCUUGGCUUCAUGGCCAACCACCUGGGCGUGGACGUGUCCCGUGUGGCUGACCACGGCCCCGGCCUGGCCUUCGUGGCUUACCCCGAGGCCCUCACGCUGCUGCCCAUCUCCCCGCUCUGGUCCCUGCUCUUCUUCUUCAUGCUCAUCUUGCUGGGGCUGGGCACACAGUUCUGCCUCCUAGAGACACUGGUCACGGCCAUCGUGGAUGAGGUGGGGAAUGAGUGGAUCCUGCAGAAGAAGACCUACGUGACCUUGGGUGUGGCAGUGGCUGGCUUCCUGCUGGGCAUCCCCCUCACCAGCCAGGCAGGCAUUUACUGGCUGCUGCUGAUGGACAACUAUGCGGCUAGCUUCUCCCUGGUCAUCAUCUCCUGCAUCAUGUGCAUGUCCAUCAUGUACAUCUACGGACAUCGGAAUUAUUUCCAGGACAUCCAGAUGAUGCUGGGGUUCCCACCACCCCUCUUCUUCCAGAUCUGCUGGCGCUUUGUCUCUCCAGCUAUCAUCUUCUUCAUCCUCAUCUUCACAGUGAUCCAGUACCAACCCAUCACCUACAACCACUACCAGUAUCCAGGCUGGGCCGUGGCUAUCGGCUUCCUCAUGGCUCUGUCCUCUGUCCUUUGCAUCCCAUUCUACGCCCUGUUCCAGCUCUGCCGCACAGAUGGGGACACCCUCUUCCAGCGUUUGAAAAAUGCCACCAAGCCAAGCAGAGACUGGGGCCCCGCCCUCCUGGAGCACCGGACUGGGCGCUACACCCCCACCAUAGCCCCCUCCCCCGAAGACGGGUUCGAGGUCCAGCCCCUGCACCCAGACAAGGCCCAGAUCCCCAUGGUGGGCAGUAACGGCUCUGGCCGUCUCCAGGACUCCCGGAUAUGAGCACAGCUACGGUGGGGGGAGUGGCCCCACCCCCACCCCAUGCUCCCACCACAGAGACUGGGGGGAGGGGCAGUGGACAGGUGUCGCCCACGUGCCCCUGCCAUGGCCUGGCCAGGGCGGCUGCUGUCACUUUGGCCACCACUGCUAGUGUGGUCAUUCGUGCUUGUGUCCCCAGUGUUUACAGGUCCUUCGAAUGCCAAGAUGGUAGCAGGCGGAGGAGGGGCCCAAAGCACUUUGGAGGGGUCUAGAGCCAAGUCCCUGGAGGCCUUCUGCCAGGCGUUCCUUGGCCUCUGUUGUCCCUGUACUCUGUCCAGAGCUGAGGGACUGAGUGGGCCCUCCGUCUGACCCCUCCUUGGGCCUCCAGCCUCCAGACCAGUGUUUUUGCCCUCAGUGCAGACCUCAGCCUCAGCCCAGGCAUAUCUGCAUCUUCCUACCUGGGGGUGGAGUGAGGGGCGGGGGGCCUGCACAGUGUUACUUGUCAGGCUGUGCCACCUGGCCCUGUUUGUCUGUGUAAUUAUUUUUGUAAAAUCUGUAUUAUCUGUGGUUGCCAUUCCCUUCCCCCCAGCCUUGGGCCCAGUCUGUCUUCCAGGCCUACCUGCACCUCACCUGCCACCUCUAGGGUCUCUGCCCCUCAUUCCAGCCCUGGCUGUCAGGCCCAGCCAGCAAAGGCUCAUGACCUAGCAGCCUGCCCAAAGCACUUGUUUCUGGGGGGCCAGGGUGGGGGGCUGCCUAGCAGGAGGCUUGAGCCCAGAGCCCUGGAGAAGGAGACACUACGUGACACCCCUUGCUCUCCCUUCACCAGGCUAAAGGCUCAGUCUCCCCGCACUGUACUGCCCUUGUUCACAUGCCGAACAGCCCCAGCCACGUGUCCCCCAGUCCCUCUCUGGAGCCAGAGCUCCUUCCCCCAAUCCCUGCAGUGUCCGUCUGUCUGUUCUCUGUGCAGUGACAGACCCGGCCAAGCCACCUCUAAUCCUCUGUAGCAAUAACGGUGCGCCACCCAUUCCUGCCCAUUUGUGCACCACUAAGAUUUUAAAGUCCAUAGAUUUUAAUGAAAUUUCUAUUACUGUC